AUGGAAACUGCAUCUGGUAUGCUCAUUGAAUCCCGCGACCAAAGCAUCCUCGAUGAUUAUUUCUAUCCAUCUCUUGCUAUGAAAUUUUAUUUGUGGGGUUAUCUAAGUUUAUUUAUUCUUGGUUAUACUGGGAAUAGUGCUAGUCUACUUACAUUUGCUCGACCAACACUAAGAGCCAGUUCAACUGGUAUAUUAUACAUGGUAUUAGCUAUCUCAGAUAUAUGUUUCUUAUCUUCAUUAACUUUUGAUUUUAUUCAUUAUGGUUUACGAUUGGAUUUGGAUAUAAUUAGUGACUUUAUUUAUACAUGCCGUUGGCGUGAAUUUCUUAUGGGUACAAGUCAAUUUUGUUCAGCGUGGAUUCUUGUCUUUAUUGCAAUGGAUCGAUGGAUUCGAACACGAUUUCCAUACAAAUCAACUGCUAUUUGCACUCAAAAGAAAGCUUUAAUAGUUCUAGCUAUUCUAUUAAGUACCACAAUAGGUCUUCAUGCCAUGUUCUUAACAUCAUUGUAUCAACCGUUUUAUCUACAGAUACCAUUGAUAAAUUGUAUGCCAUUGCGUAUUGCAGGAGACGAUUUUUUCAAUUUUUAUUAUGAAACCUGGCCUGUUGUACAGUUAUCGAUCAGUUGUCUUGUACCUGCUGGAUUAAUAUUAGUUUUUAUUGUUGAUAUGUUUAUCAAGAUACGUCUUCAAAAAAGGAUUGUACAUCAACACAUCAAUAAUCAAAAUCGAAAUCAAACAGUUAGGCAUAACAAUCGUUUGCAAAAUCAAUUAUUCAUUAUCAUGCUGUCAAAUGUUAUCAUAUUUUUCAUUACGACUGUGCAGAUUGGUAUAUAUCGUUUUCUAUAUUGGCGGACACUGUCAAGUUCCAUUGGUUUAGAUAUUCGAUUUUUCACAAAUUUAACUGUAAUUUUAAGUUGGGUUUUGGGUAUUAAUUAUUCAAUAAACUUCUAUGUUCAUUGCUUAACUUCAACAUUAUUUCGCAGAGAAUUUAAGAAAUAUUUCAGUUUGAUAAGCAUUUUAUAUCAAAGAACACAAACUCAUGUGAAUACCAUUCAACCAAUAAUUUUAAUCAGAACAAACAACAAUUUACGGAGAUAA